GAAAGUCAUUGGCAAUAUCAUUAAUGAUAGCAGAUAAUUUACUCGUUUUACAAAAUGAGCGAACUAUUAGUGCACAAGAUUGUAAGACAGCUUUUUAAACUGAAGUCUUGCCCUAAACUUUACUCAAGGUUGGCAUCAUCUUCAGUUGAAAAGGGUAGACAGCUUGAAUCCUUGAACACUAAUGGAAAUAAUAUACAUGGAAGUAAAAAAGAUAUUUCAAAAGGCCCGUCUUUGGAACAUUUCAUUGCCAACACAGUGUCACCGUAUGUUCUGGAUAACAAAGUUAAAAAGGAUGAAGCGGCGGUACCGUUCAUUAAAGAUGAUGAUCUUCUUGGACUUGGGAGAAAAGUGUAUUUUGACGUUUAUGGCUGCCAGAUGAAUGUUUCGGACACUGAAAUAGCUUGGGCUGUUCUUCAGGAUAAAGGUUUUGUCAGGACCUCAGAUAUUACACAGGCGGAUGUAGUAAUGGUGAUGACCUGUGCAAUCAGGGAGGGGGCAGAGCACAAAGUGUGGAAAAAGCUUCACUACCUCGCCAAGAUGAAGAGGCGUAAGAUGAGUAGAGGUGUGGGGCCACAAAUGAAAAUUGCCAUUCUAGGUUGCAUGGCUGAACGUUUGAAGACUCAGAUUUUGGAACGGGAACAGUUAGUGGACAUUGUGUGUGGACCGGAUGCCUACAGGGACUUGCCUCGUCUCCUGGCUAUCACUGAAAACCGGCAAGCUGCAGUGAAUGUGUUGCUGUCCCUGGAGGAGACGUAUGCCGAUGUUAUGCCUGUUAGGCUGAACCAGGACUCUGUCACUGCUUAUGUGUCAAUAAUGCGAGGAUGUGACAACAUGUGUGCGUACUGUAUCGUCCCGUUCACCCGUGGAAGGGAACGGAGCCGCCCGAUAGAUUCAAUUUUAGAGGAAGUCCGCAUGCUAUCUGACCAGGGAGUAAAAGAGAUAACUCUACUAGGUCAGAACGUGAACAGUUAUCGAGAUACUUCUGACUCUCAGCACUUCGGUUUACCAGACCUCAGUAUAAAGCCAACGCUGAGUGAUGGUUUCCGCACAGUAUAUCGGGCGCGGUCUGGGGGACGAAGGUUUUCUGAUCUGCUGGAUAAGGUCUCACAAGUUGACCCCGAAAUGAGAAUACGAUUUACAGCGCCACAUCCAAAGGAUUUUCCUGAUGAGGUAAUAGAGUUGAUCAAAGAUCGUCCAACAGUGUGUGGUCAGCUCCACCUGCCAGCCCAGAGUGGCAAUGAUGAUGUUUUGUCAUUCAUGAGGCGUGGCUAUACCGGCCAGGCUUAUCGGCAACUUGUAGACAGGGUCAGGUCUAUAUUGCCUAAUGUGUGCCUGACAAGUGACUUCAUUUGUGGGUUUUGCGGGGAGAGCGAGGCUGCGUUCGAGGACACCUUGGCUCUGGUGAGAGAUGUCCAAUACUCUAUGGUGUUUGCCUACCCGUACAGUAUGAGACAGAAGACGCAUGCUUAUCACAAACUGAUUGACGAUGUUCCUGCAGACAUAAAGCAGGCUCGUGUGGAACAGUUACAACAGGAAUUCCGGCGUGGGGCGGGGGAAAGAAAUAAGAGUUUGCUGGGACACAACCAUCUUGUACUGGUCCAGGGGCCAAGCAAGAAAGGAACGGGCACUCUGUUUGGAAGAAAUGAUGGCGGUCUUGGAGUUAUCUUCCCUGAUACAGAGGUGACAGAUGGACAGACCAUGAGAAAACCAGAACCAGGGGACUACAUCGUUGUCAGGAUAACUAACAGUACAGCCCAGACAUUGCAUGGUGAGGGUGUGGAGAUCAGCUCCAUUCAAAGGUUUAACGGACAGGCUGAUUCACAAUGAUGUUCUGUGUGACAGCCUGGCAAACAGUGAGAGAGGGGAUGAUGUCUGACAGGCAUAAUGUGUCAUAGCAGAUGAUGUCCAGUGUGACAGCCUAGGCAUACAGUGACAGAGCAGAUGAUGUCCAGUGUGACAGCCUAGACAAAAAGUGACGGAGCAGAUGAUGUCCUAUGUGACAGCGUAGGCAUACAGUGACAGAGGAGAUGUUGACCUAUGUGACAGCCUAGGCAUACAGUGACAGAGGAGAUGUUGACCUAUGUGACAGCCUAGGCAUACAAUGACAGAGCAGAUGAUCUAUGAUGCGCCAGCCUAGGCAUAUGGUGACGGAGCAAAUAAUGUCCUUUGUGACAUCCUAAGCAAAUAAUGACAGAGCAGAUUUACCUCCUGGCAGGAAUAUUUUCAACAGGGGAGAUACCUGCAUUAAAGGUUGAAAACAGAUACAUCAGUAACUUAUCUACUUGUACAAAUUUGUUUGCAUCUUGAAAGGCUUGCAAAGUCAUACUGGGUACCAGUUCAUUUUGUCAUAAAGUAAAUUGAUAUGGUGAAGAUUAACUGUCUAAAGUGAACCAUUUGUUACUUAAAAAGUUGUUUUUAAUAAGUGACAGUAAUGUCUUAAAAUGUGUAAAACCAUAAUAUUCUGAGCCUGAAUUUAACUGUUUGAUAGGUUUGAAUUGAUUUGAACUUUUCUGUCAGACGUGUGUUUUAAUUUGUUUGAUAUGUGUUGAUGAUUGUAUCUUUAGUAUUCAUUGUUCUAUUUGAUAACUUCUCGAUACUCAGUUGCUGUUGCCCCAUUGCCAAAAUAAACAAUGAAAACAAA